AGGACAGAGGGUCGAUUUGUCUCGUAGCCUGGGUGAAGACCUAUAAAUCGGUCGUGGUGUGUAGAUGAUUGGCCAAUCAUACCGGUAAUAUGUUCAGAAAGUUUUGCCUAGUCAGAAGGCUAUUGUGUACCUCCUGUUGAGGAGAAGAGAUGUGUUGUGAAUGAUUCAGACAAAUGAUACAGUAUUGCGCAAAGACGGUUGACAAGGAUUCAACCAUGUGAGUUAGAAAGAAAAUACGACUGCUAAUUAAAGGGACUUAAUUGACGCUAGAAUUUAAGGUAGUUACAUGACAAGGCCUUUAGCUCUAUCGAUAUUCAACUGACCCACAAGUACAACAUAUUGUUGACACAUGAAUUGAGACUGUAUGAGCAUAGCGCUGUGUUCUGCGGUUUCCUUAAUGUUGGUAAACAUUAUUUAUGGGAAGUUAAUAUGUUGUAUGGUACAUUGAUGACGAUCAAUUGGGAUUGUUGGAUAUUGUUUUACAAAUAGGAACGCUAUGGUUUCAUAGGGAUAGAAUAAAAACAACGACUGAGAUCAGAUCUAGAAAUCUGAGAGUUUACUUGGAUAUUUGUGUUCUACAGGACCCUUCGGCUUCGCACUUAAGGUGAUGAUGACACUACUGGUGAUGUGGAACUCGGUACCAUUGGCGUCAUGCGUUCCAGAUAUCUAUCGUCUUCACUGGGGUACUACCUUCAGUCACAUGGGGAGACUCUUAACGUAUGAGCAGACGUGGUAUCAUACGUUUGCUAUUGAAUUGCCCAAGAUCUCUAACUAUCCGACUCUGCCUCGAGAUAUUUGCAAGAAUGCUAGUCUUCUAAGAAAUCGCUCAUCUUGUGAUGAGAACAUGAGGGCUGUAUUGAAUUUUACUUAUCGCAUACAUGACGACACUUUAAACGACUUGGUUGAAGGGGUCACUUUGAUCAAAAACAUUAUUCCUCAAGGUCCAAUUCCUGGUUCUCAGACUCGCUCCAAGAGAGCAUUGCUACCUUUUAUUGGUGAAUUCUCACAUAAUUUAUUCGGAACCGCCCGUGACAGCGACGUGAACAUAAUACGACAACAUAUCAAUAUCUUAUCACAUAGAAUGAGAGCGGAAGAAGCAGCUUUUAACAUGUCACAAGAUUACAUGGGUUCUUACAUGUCUAAGGCCAACGAUAGAAUGGACGGUUUGAAGCAAGGUAUAAUUGCAAAUCAUAAUGAACUGACUGAACUGAUAAAUGUAGAGGAUGGUAAGAUACGAUGGUUUCAGGCCAUGUAUGCACAUUGGAUACAACUUAUUGCAAAGGAGUUACAUUUUGCUACUAUGGUUGAAAGGAAGAUUAAUCGGUUGAGCACAGGAUUAUAUAAGUUGUUAGAAAAUGUACUAUCACCCGAACUGAUACCUUUCCGACAUUUAAGGCGUGCUCUAUCAAAAAUAAGGAGAGCAUUGAAGGAUAAAUAUCCAAAUUUCCAUCUGGCUCAUAAGGAUUUGCCAUAUUAUUACACAGCUACCAAGGUACAUUAUGUAAGACAUGACAGUACUGUUUAUGUCACUAUGAUGUUACCAGUAACAUCAAAAGAUAGAGAAACACAACUUUAUCAAGUUAAGUUAUUCCCAGUUCCCCUAAAUCACACUUCUGGUGAUGCCACAGUGGUUGGUGAGACCAUACCAUAUAUUGCCAUUUCUACAGUUGAUGAGACGUUUUUGGAAUUCACAAGUGAUCAAUAUGAACUUUGCACUCAAAAUCAAAUGCUUAUAAAAUGCCACAAUCUACCAGCUCAAAGAUCAUUUCAAAAUCCUUCAUGCAAUUUGGCUUUGUUCUUUAAUGAUAUUGACUUGGUUCAUGAAGUUUGUGAAAUUGGACUUGUUCCAAAUGGUGCAGGUCAUUUCAUGUUUGAACUGAAUUCUGGCGACCUGUUGUUAUCUGGAAUUUCCAAAAUUGUCUACUCUUGUGAAGAUAAGACCAAGACGAUGAAAGGCUGUAGUUUGUGCGUUAUACCAUUGUUGUGCAACUGUAGAGUGGAUGGAGAUGGAAUGACAAUACCACCUAGACUGACAGGAUGUCAUGAAGCAACCACAAAAACUAAUUUCAAAUAUCCUCUGAAUGUAGGGCUACUGAGACACUACUUUUCGGCAGAUGAUCUCAGAGCAGAAGUGGAAAAUUUCCUAACGGAUGAACCUGCUAGCUAUGAUAUUCCAGAAUUUCAAGUGGCUAACCAUACCUUUUCAAAAAUAAUGGGUGAUGAUAAAAAGAUAAGAAUUAGUCUUCGUAGAGCUGUGAAACUCGCAAAACAAAAUAAAAUAAUUUACACUCACCCAACCGAUCCUAUUUUUAUGAAUAACUGGACUCCAGUAGGAGGGACUCAAUGGCUAUCAGGAACAUCAUAUAUGCUUUAUGGAUGCUUCUUUGGACUCAUACUUUUAACUGUCUACAUGGGAAUUCUGUCAAGAAGGCUAAGUGUACUAAUUUUGGCUUGUCAUCUUGAGAAAGCUUCAGCUUCAGUUCUGAACCGAAACUCAGAUAGGCGUUUUAGAUGGCUUCCACCAACUCCAUCCCCCACAAAGGCUUCAACCGAUAAUAACCUGGCGAAUAUCAAAGCAAUGUUUGAUAUCAAUAUUCUAUUCUAUGCAGGAGUUUUGGUUAUCUUUGCCAUAGCAGUGUAUAUUAUCAUGAAAAGAAUGAGAAAUUCUAAGACUUAUUUGGAAAUAGAACUGGCUUCCAGAACUAAAUGUACUCACGUUACCUUGGCCACGAUUCCAGUUAGCCCAUUAUAUAUUAGAAGCUUGGGAACAAACAUGAUUCCACAAUCAAUCUCCAUUACAAGACGAUUGGUGAAAUUUGACAUGAUUUUGUCAUGGGGCUCUAACAAACCGAGUUUGGUAAAUACCAUCACUAAUGAACGUAUAGAGCUACCCAGGAAGGUAUCUCUAUCAUGGGUUAAGGCAGGUAGACUGACCAGAAUGAUGGAUGAGGAAUACAUAGCAAGUGUUUCUCUGAUACAUGGGAACGUACAAUAUCCCAUAGUUGUUAACGAAUCGGGUAGACCUUCUGCUCCACUACCUUGCACCACCGCUACUCAAACAGCUGCUGUUAGCGAUGUAAGAUUAAUUUAUCCGUCAGUUCCGCAGAGACCAGAGAACAUUGAAAUGUCACAGUUUUAG